UCAUACUCCCCCACCUCCCCCUCUUAUUCUCCCACCUCCCCCUCGUACUCCCCGACAUCGCCUAGCUACAGCCCGACGUCUCCAAGCUACAGUCCUACAUCUCCGAGCUACAGCCCAACGUCUCCAAGCUACAGCCCCACGUCGCCAAGCUACAGCCCCACGUCUCCCUCUUACUCCCCCACAUCCCCCUCUUACUCCCCAACCUCCCCGUCGUACUCUCCCACCUCUCCGAGCUACAGCCCUACUUCGCCCAACUACACCCCCACCUCACCAAGUUACUCACCUACGUCACCGAGCUACUCCCCCACGUCCCCAUCCUACUCUCCCACCUCUCCAAACUACACACCCACCAGCCCCAAUUACUCUCCGACUUCUCCGUCUUACUCCCCGACCUCUCCGUCGUACUCCCCUUCCAGCCCACGCUACACCCCCCAGUCCCCCACCUACACACCCAGCUCCCCAUCAUACAGUCCCAGCUCUCCCUCCUAUUCGCCCACCUCCCCCAAGUACACGCCUACCUCGCCCUCCUACAGCCCCAGCUCCCCAGAAUACACCCCCACCUCUCCAAAGUAUUCCCCAACCUCCCCAAAGUACUCGCCCACCUCUCCCAAGUACAGUCCGACUUCACCCACCUACUCUCCAACCACGCCCAAGUACAGCCCCACGUCCCCUACCUACUCACCAACAUCUCCCACCUACACGCCCACCAGCCCGAAGUAUUCUCCCACUUCGCCUACCUAUUCCCCCACCUCCCCCAAAUACUCCCCUACAUCCCCCACCUACUCUCCUACUUCCCCCAAGGGCUCUACCUACUCACCCACCUCCCCAGGCUACAGCCCCACCUCCCCCACGUACAGCCUCACCAGCCCGGCCAUCAGCCCCGACGACAGCGACGACGAGAACAACUGAAGGAGUCGCCAUGGGGGGUUGAAUGGGGACUGAUGUUGAUUCCCCUCCUGGCCUGCCUGUCUGCCCUUGGCCCCCUUGGCAGUACCCAGAAGGAUUGGGCUCCCCCUUGUGGUGGAGGUGCACAGGGGCAUGGUGAAGAACCCCAGUGUUCAACAUGUGAAUUUUUUUGCCCCACCUUCUGUUUUGCCAGCCCUCCUCCAUCUGGGGUCCCUAAUAAUUACUGUUGUUUGAUAGACUUGAACUAUUAGCCUGAGUGAAGGCUGCCUUUUGGAUUUUUCUUCCCCACUCCCAUCUGGGUGUUGAGUAAUGCCCCCCCCCCAUUAAUAAAAGGAAAAAGGGAACUGCUUGUAGAAACACAUUCUCUGUUCCUGGUCUAAAAUUCAGAGUUGGCAGUGGCAAUACAGAAACUAUUCCAGUAUUGCAAAAAAUUCAAAUGGAUUAUAUUUUUAAACUUUGAAUAUAGUAAUGCUACGCAGUACUUGUCAAAUGGAAAUCACUUUCACAAAAAUAGAAUUGUUGAUCUUGUGUUACUAAAACUGCUUUGGUAGAAGCGCCUUUUUUUUUUUCCUCCUGUAAAUGUACAUAAUUCAAGACUUGGUAAAAAAAAAAUUACGGAUUAAUCAACAAAGGUUUAGUGAUGUCCCUGGAUAGUUUGGGUCAAACCUCUGCAUUUGUGAUGUUUUAUGGAGGGAUUUGAAAUUCUUUAUCUGAAGUGGCACUGAAACAGCAUUCAGGUGGGCUGGCUAUGUGGACACUGUGGUGGUGAACACUAAGGGUGGGUUUCUUGUCCUGUCCCACCCCUGCCCCCCAACCUCUUGCCGGGUGCAGCAUUCCACAAGCUGGAUUUUUGUGAUAAAUUGACUUUGACUCGCACCGCAGGUGUAGAGCUCCAUAAAAUGGUGCCCUAAUUGGUUCAGCUCAUACUACUUGUUUCUCGGAAGCACAAAGAAUAGCAGAGGAACCCCCUCUCUCCCGCCCUCCUGCAAGAAAAGGGUGUGGACUUUCAGCAGCUCCUACCUUUGUCACCCAGACAAUUUUGCAGUAGAAGCGGUUGUGUUGAACACAAGGGAGCUAUGACUGAACUGUGUUUUUGAUUUUUUUUUUUUUUGAUUUUUUUUAUUUUUAAUAUUUAAAAUGUUAAUAGGAGGAAUGGGAUGUUCUGGUGCAUUAGUCGUUUGCAUGAGUGGCACCACUUCUGGUCAGACUUUUUUUUUUUUUUUUCUUUUUUCUUUAGGUUCAAUCCUCUCUCCAACCUUUUAUUAAAAUUCCUUCAGUCCUAAACUAGCAGACAUAUAAAUGCUUUAUGUUCAGAUUUAAGAAAUAGAAAUGGGAACUUUUUAUUCUCUAAUCAGUGAAUUAUUUUUUUUGUAAAUUGUUUCUUUCCAUUUGCUUUUCAGUUAAAGCUCUUGUAAGCUGCGAACUCAUGUUAUGUUGACUGUGUUUUUGGAUGAAGAGUAAUGUGGAAGUGUAAUCAGACCCCAACAGCCAAACUUAACCCCGCAAUCCUCCAUAAACCCCACCCUCUGCCACUGCCCCACUGGCUUUAACUUUUGUCCCAGAAACGGCAGAUCGGAAAGGAAGCCUUUGUUCAUUUGCAUCUUGUGCCUGUGUGCACAGGCUGAUUCUUGGAUUCUUCAUGCUGCAUAUGCUGUAAAGUGUGUAAAUAAGGGGCGGUUUGGAUUGUGCUCCCUGGGAAGUUCUGGGUAUUCGCUUUUGAUCUCUUGAGCACUGUAGAUUCCUGUUCCUUGGGAUAACUGGUUAUGACCUGGGUCGGAAUAAGAAUUGCUAUUAGUAUUAAGAACUGAGUUCCUUGUGUACAGCACUUUUGCUAACUUUGCGUUCCACUCACUGCAUUUUGUUGGGUUGGGUGAGCUCGGACAUCAAGGGUCAGAUAUGCAGUGUACAGUGGGCUCCAGUGGGGUUGGGUAUCUCCCUGACCCCCUAAAUGCAGUGUUUUUGUUUGGCAGGAGAGGCACUGAGUGUGGUUAUGAUUUGAACUCUUAUCCUCCCUCUUUCUCUCCAUCCAAUUGCAACCCUAACCCCCCUCCGUGACACAAGUGUUUGUUCUACCUACAUGUUAAGGUGGUUGAGUGGAGUUGAUACUGUAUAGGGCUAGGAGUCGGUCUAGUUUUGGUUGGGCCCAGAAAUAAAUUUUAAGCUAAUUUAAUAUUAAAACUCUUUGGUACCUGCAACCUGGUCUUUCUUUUUUUUUCCAUUUGCAAAAUGAUUUGCCUCAAAACAUAAAUCAGUCUUAAGUUCUGCAGAGAAUUGGACAAAAAGACUCCUGGCUGAUCUGUUCCUUUGGUUUUGUCCGGCUUAACUUGGUCAGUGUCGAUUGGUGGACUCCCAGUGUGCGUGCGUGUGCACUCGUGCCCAUAUGAACUCCUGGUAUAAGAGUUUGCUGAGACAGGGUUUCUUCCCCCCCCCCCCUUUUCUGAUUUUGAGACUAGACAGUCUCUGGGGAAUGGAAAAUUUAAAUUAAUUGCCACUGUAUAGAAAUUGAUCCAAUAUUUCAUUCUGUAUCUGUUUUUGUUUUUCGACUUGAAGAUUAAAAGUUUUACAAAAUA